CAAGUCACAGUUGUCAGGUGGGAGCUUAUUACUGAUUAUUUUAUGAAAACGCGGGUGAAGAAGCAGCGGUGUUAAAAAAUACAUUUUAAAUCAAUAUUAAAUCUUUUAUAAGCAUGGAGUUUAACAGCACAGGAGGAAUGAGGAGUCCUUUUUCUCCUCGAGUACGACAAUCUAUCUCGGGGCGAAGACCUAUUGGACUGGGUUCGGCAAAGAAAAAUAGCAAGUUCAUGCAACAGUCAGAGCAACAAACCGGCGAAAUUGUAUAUAAAACUCCCUUCACGACUCUGGAAACAUUCGGAACACCACUUCCAGUAAUGGUUACAGAAACUCUUACCUUUCCAUCUAGUGAGGUAAGUGUCCGUCUGUCCUCCUGUGGUUGGUGUUGGGCGGUCUGUGGGCGUAAAGUGCUAGCAUGGCCCUGGGACACCUCACUCCCUGCUGCCACCGCUCGUGAUCUCACACUGCCACAGACAGACCUGGCACACAAAGCUGAUUUAGUUGUUCUGUUCUACGAGAAUGAUGCACAGUUGCCAUCCUGUAUUGGUGUGUCUCCGGAGGGGGUGGUCCGCUACUGGUCCAGUGUAGGGGCGGAGGGCGCGUCGUGUGACGUGUCGUGUGAGCUCGCUGGGCAAGAGUGUGACAGGCUCAUACAGGCCAGGGAUGGACUGCUGCUGGCCACCACCACCUGCACCCUGGUCAGAAUCACUACUACUAAGGAGGCUCGUCCGUCCGUGGUGUGUCACACUCUCCGUCCCCCGAGCGGCUGGCUGGGAGGUCUGGGCCGACGAGUGUCAGUACUGUUCUUCGGUUCCAUGCCGGCUAACCAUGACACGAAACUGGUGAAGGUGGUGUUGCUGAGCAGUCCUCGUGCGGACGAGCAGGCAGCGGACAAGGAGUGCGUGGCGCUGGUGGCGGGCGGACCGCUCGUGCAGUUGUGGGAGGAUGGCGACGUCAGGGAGGUCUCGCUUCGGAGACCGCUCUGUGACGCGCUGGCCAGGACGCACCUCGCGCCCGCCGGUGAGCUGAGCGGGCUGGAGGUAGCGGCGCUGGACGCGGAGCCUCACCCCGGCGGCGGCCUGCUGCUGCUGCUGCUGCUGACCGUGGCCGCGCCUCGCGCUCCCGACGCUAGAUAUGCCCUCGCUCACGUAUCCUUGGAGUCCGAGGAGCGUGUCCGCGUGUUGUCGGCGUGGUGUGUGAGGGGCGCACGCUCCGAGAGCCUCCCCCGCUGCCUGCCGCUGCAACCCCCGCUGGUCUACAACAGCGACGCAAUCAUCGGAGUCGCUCCGUCGGGCAAGGAUCAGGCGGACGUGUUGGAAGUGUCUGCGGAGGGCGACUCCAUCCUGGGAGCGUCCCAGGUGGGGGGCCGAGCCCUAGUGUUCACGAGACGACACGGGGUGCUGCUGCUACGGACCGCCGACCCCGCGGCUCAACAUCAUGCACCGUCGCUGUGCGACAGUCCUCUCGGCUCCCCGUGUCCCUCGGACGUGUUCGACGGGAACUUGACGCUGUACGAGAUCGACCCGAACGAGGUGGUGGCCAUAAGCGGUGACGCGGUGGGCAAGUUGAAGAGUGCGUUCCUGUACCACGUCCGCGGCCAGCAAGCCUCCGCCGCUGCCCUGUUGUCGGAGCUGGCCGGGAGACUCGACCCCUCCGCCACGGACCGGCCUCUGGAUCGGACCGUGGUCACCGUUACCCGGGAAAUGCUGGACGACGCGCCGGCCGGGGACCCCAGGUGGAAGCUCCCCAGUGGCGCGGCGACCCGCGUGUCCCUGGGCAGCUCGUGCUCGCUACAGGCGGCCGCCCAGCUCCACGACAAACAGAAGGUCUAUAACAUGUUCCUGGAUUUCCUGAGGAGCCGCGGACUGUGGAGGCGCCUGGGGACCGUCACCGGGGAGAACGGCGAGGGCGUGUCCAGCACGCAGCACGAGGUGUGCGCGCUAGGAGAGCGGCUGGCGGCGGCCCGCGCGUUGCAGAGGCUGCACCAGGCGGGUGCUCCCCUUGUGGACGCGGCGCUGCACCAAGUGGCGGCUGGACUGGAGCGCGCGCCCGGCCAUGAGGACGAGGCCGUGCUGGAGGCACUCCGGGGCGGCGCACUGUCCGCGGCCGACGUGUGCUGGCGGCGCGUGUCGCGAGUGCUGCGCGUGCUGACUGCGCUGUGUUCCCUGCCGCCGCCGCCGCACGACGCUCGCGCCGCCGCCUCGCACGCGCACCACGCGCUGGUCGCCGUCAACUCGGUGAUGAGCGCGAUGCAGGCGUACCGCUCUCAAUGUGACGCCGCCCCGCCCCGCGCCGCUCCGUCCCUGGCGCCGCACGCCCUGCUCCCAUCCCUGUGCUCGCUGCACACCCGCGCCGUCACUGAGUGUGCUCGCAAGUGUCCCGAUGCGUCGCUCCGUUCUCAACUGCUGGAGGAGGCGUCAUCGCUGGCUCGCUCCAUCCUCCUGGAGGCGGAACCCCUGGCCGAGGGUCGCACGGCACAUCUAUACGAGAAGAUGCGCUCCGACACCAUACAGCCCUACCUCGCCGAGGGCCAGGCGGAGCGAGCGGCGGUGCUGGCGGAGAAGUUCAAGGACUUCGAGCUGUUGAUACAGAUGUGUGUGGACAAAAACGACCUGGAGAGGCUGGACGGGUACAUGGACAAGUACGAGGACGAGGGAUUCCCGGAGAAGACGUUCGCCUGGCUGGCGUCCCGCGGGGGUCGCAUGUGUGCGUUGCUGGUGAGGUCGGUGGGGGCCCGCGUCCCUCGGCGCCUGGAGUCCUGGCUGGCCGCCGCGCCCGACCGCCUCACCCUCAGGACCGUCCACGCUCUGGCACGGGGAGAGCUCGACCUCGCCACGGAGCUGUUCGCCCAGCUCGCGGAUAACGAAAAUGUUUACGUCAACAGAAUGGCGACGGCGGCCUCGUUGUCCAAGCUGUGCUCGCUGGCCGGCGGGUCGCAGGAGGCCGCCAGCCGCGUCUGUCGCGCCUUCAGCGUCGUCCGCCAACACCGCGCCCUGCCCGCCGCCCUCACCCGGAGACACGCGCUCGACCAACACGAACCCAAACUGUUCACUCCCGAGGAGCUCAUACAGAUGUACAUUGAGUCCGAGAGUCGCUCGCUGACGGAAUACGACUACAAGAAGGCGCUCGACCUGACGGAGCUGGUCACAGACCUGGAGCGGAGAGACGACCUGCGGCUGAAGAUCUGGUGCGCGUGUAUCCGUCAAGACGACUGGUCGCGCAGCCGCGUGGACGCGCCGGAGCUGGAGAUGAAGGACAAGAUGUUCUUUAGACUCCUCGACCUCGUGCAUCUCAUGGGUGGAGAGCUGGACGCGGUGCUGCCGCCGCUGGAGGCCGUGGUGUCGGCCCCCGAGCUGGAGUCGCUGGCGGCCGACCCGCGCGCCCUCUACCUCCUCAAGUACGGCUACCAGUGUGUGGCGACACAACACGACGACCAAUAGAAAACACACACAAACACACACCCACACACACACAAUACGGGUUUGGGUCGUCGAAAGACUUACGGAGACUUUACAAUUUUUUAAUUAUUAUAUAUUUAGGUUGUCGUUCAUUUUUAAGGGUUGUAGAUGAAUAAUAGUGAUCGCUCCGUGUGUACUUUGACUCUGUAAGUCGUGGCGGGGCUCCGGACCCGGGCGAUGUACCUAACGUAUGAUUUCAUGAUAUUGUUCAGUUAUGUUCUCGUGUUCCUUAACGUUCUCACCAUUCGAUGUUGUUAGUUCAGACUGAUUUAGUUGUAAGAUGUCGGAAGUCGAUUUUAAUACUGUGACCUGUAAAAUAGUAAUGAGUCCGUAGACGGACUGCAGUCGAGCCUCUCGGAACUGUAUAUUAAUUAAUGUAAACGAGGUCUCGUUAAUGUCUCUUGAAUAAGAUUAUUUUUAUAAUGCAAAUUAUGAAUAUGAAUAAAUAUUUAAUAAACCUAAGUACUAUGAAA